GCACGAAGUAGUAAAGAUGGCUGGGGCCGGGGAAGAGGACAAGGAACUGGAUGAACUGCUGGACAGUGCCCUCGAUGAUUUUGACAAGACUAACCAACCUCCCCAAGUCUCAAGCACAGCUACAAAAGCUUCUGGGCCUGAGAAACCCCCUGGAGAUGCUGCCAAGGACCCUCUCUUCACAUCCCAAGAACAGUUCUUCCAAGAGUUGUUCAGCACUGAGCUGGCAGCCCAGGCCACACAGGAGUUUGAGAAGGCCAUGAAGGAGCUGGCUGAGGAGGAGCCACACCUGGUGGAACAGUUCCAGAAACUCUCAGAGGCUGCAGGGAAAGUUGGAAGUGAUGAAACCUCACAGCAAGAGUUUACUUCCUGUCUGAAAGAGACUCUCUCGGGUCUAGCCAAGAAUGCAGAUGAUUUGCAGAGCUCCAGCUUGUCGGAGGAAGAGUUGGCCAAGGCGAUGGAGGGUUUGGGCGUGGACGAAACAGACGGGGAUGGGAACAUCCUGCCUCUCAUGCAGAACAUUAUGCAGAAUCUCCUCUCCAAGGAAGUUUUGUAUCCAUCCCUCAAAGAGAUCACAGAAAAGUACCCAGACUGGCUGAGGAGUCACCGGGACUCCCUACCAGCUGAGGAAUACAACAAAUACAAGGAGCAGCACAAGCUCAUGGGGAAGAUUUGCCAGCAGUUUGAGUCGGAGCAGUCUGGCAACAGUGAGGCAGCGCGGUUCGAGGCUGUGAUGGAUCUGAUGCAACAGCUUCAAGAACUAGGGCACCCACCUAAGGAACUGGCAGGAGAUUCUCCUCCAGGCAUGAACUUUGACCUUGAUGGAGUAAAUUUGGCCGGUUCAGGAAGCGCCAAUGGGGAACAGUGCCUGAUCAUGUGACACCCGACUGAAGCAUGACUGUGACCUGAUCCUUUUUAAUUCUAUUCCUGGACAAUAGAGGGGUUGUUGGGAGAUGUCUCUGGAAGCUCAUUGGGUUCCUGCACUACAUUAAUGAAAGAUACAAUCUCCUGGCACCCUCCUCCUGGUAGAAUGGCACAUUCUGGGGCUGCCUUAUGUUACUAACAAAGGAAACUAAGGAAAAGUUCAAUGAUCUGUAAUGGGGGGCACAGAUGUGUGUCUAACAGCUUUUAAUGGCAUGUAGCAUAACCUCUUUUUAAAAGUCAAUCACCUUUACAGACUCUCAACAUGGUGACAGUUCUCUUUCACAUGGACAUUGGUUGCACAAGUGGGAUCGCCCGUCCUAAUUGGCGCCUUGCGUCGUAUAUAGACCGUGGUUGGUACAGUUGGAUAGGAAAAUGGGCCAUGCAAGUUUCUGAUGCGCAAAACUCAAAAUAAAAUGUCUUCAGUUUAACUAAAA